AUGCGUUCCAGAAGUAGCAGCACAGAAAGCCCAACCAGUCCAAAGCUGAGCCAGCAGAGGCCAAAAGACCACCAUAAAGAAGAGGAUGUUUGCAGUGGGAAAGGAAAUGUACAAAGAAGGCAGAAAGAGGAUGAUGAAGCCCAAGCCAGUACCAUCCUAAGAAGUCCUAAGGCAGAAAAAAAGCAAAGAAGUUCUUCCAAGAAAAGGGAGGAUCUCUCUCGUGAUGACUUGCUAUUUCUUCUUAGUGUCCUCGAGGGUGAAUUACAGGCUCAAGAUGAAGUUAUAGGAGUACUUAAGGCUGAAAAAAUUGACUUGGCUUUGCUUGAAGCACAAUACGGCUUUGUUACUCCCAAGAAGGUGUUAGAGGCCCUCCAGCGAGAUGCUAUUCAAACAAAGGCUGAGCAAUGGCAAGAAGAUAUCUACGAAAAGCCUAUGGGAGAGCUUGAUAAAGUUGUAGAGAAACAGAAAGAAACUCAUAGACGAAUGCUGGAUCAACUUCUAAUGGUAGAAAAAUCACACAGACAGACAUUGUAUGAACUAGAGGAAGAGAAGAGGAAGCACAGCAAAUACAUGGAAAAAAGUGAUGAGUUUACAAACUUACUGGAACAAGAAUGUGAAAGACUGAAAAAGCUUCUUGAACAAGAAACAGCAUAUCAGGCAAAAAAAGAGAAGGAAAACAACAAGAAAAUAGCUAAAUUGAAAGAAGAGCUGACUAAACUGAAAUCCUUUGCUUUAAUGGUGGUGGAUGAACAGCAAAGACUCACUGAGCAGUUGAACCAACAAAGUAAAAAAAUUCAAGAAUUAACCACUUCUGCAGAACAAGCACAUGAGAAGCUGGCUUUUGCUGAAGCAAAAAUUCAAGAAGAGAAACAGAGAGCCAGCAGGCUGGAGACUGAACUUCAAGCCCAAAGCAGUAAGAUUUCCCAAGACCAAGAAGCAAUGAUGGCCAAACUAACCAAUGAAGACAGUCAGAAUCGCCAGCUCCGGUUAAAAUUAACUUCUCUCAGCCGACAAAUUGAUGAGCUGGAAGAGACCAACAAAUCUUUACGAAAAGCAGAAGAAGAACUCCAAGAUCUAAGGGAUAAGAUAAAUAAGGGAGACUGUGGGAACUCCACACUUAUGAAUGAAGUAGAAGAACUACGGAAGCGACUGCUAGAGCUGGAAGGAAAAGAUGAAGAGCUCAUAAAAAUGGAAGAUCUGUGCAGGGAACUUAACAGAAAGUUGGAAAAAGAAGCAUCGCAGAGCAAGAACCUCAAAGGGGAAGUUGACAAACUUAACAAAAGAAUUAUGGAGCUGGAGAAACUAGAAGAUGCUUUCAACAAGAGUAAACAGGAAUGUUACUCCCUGAAAUGCAACCUAGAAAGAGAAAAAAUACUAACAAAGCAGUUGUCUCAUGAUCUAGAUGGCUUAAAAGCUAGAGUUGGUGAGCUUGAAGCAAUUGAAAGCAAGUUAGAAAAAACUGAGUUUACACUUAAAGAAGAUUUAACAAAGCUGAAGAGUCUAACAGUGAUGCUUGUGGAUGAAAGAAAAACUAUGGGUGAAAAAAUAAAGCAAACAGAAGAAAAGCUGCAAGUUGCAACUUCUCAGCUUCAGGUGGAACAAAAUAAAGUGAUGUCAGUUACAGAAAAACUAAUUGAGGAAAGUAAAAAGGCACUGAAAUCAAAAUCUGAUGCAGAAGAAAAAGUGUCCAGCGUUAUGAAAGAAAGGGAUGAACUGAAAAACAAACUCAAAGCAGAAGAGGAGAAAGGAAGUGAUCUUGUCUCCAAAGUGAAUACUCUAAGCAAAAAACUUCAGUCACUGGAAGAUGUUGAAAAAGAGCUUCUUAAAAAUAAAGUUAAGGAGGGCACUAAAUCUAGCACUUCCUUGCAGCAGGAAAACAAUAAAAUCAGAGAGCUUACUCAAGAAGUUGAGAGGCUUAAACAGAAGCUCAAAGAAAUGAAGGCCAUAGAAGAUGAUCUUAUGAAAACUGAAGAUGAAUUUGAGUCUCUAGAACGAAAAUACGUCAAUGAACGGGACAGAGCCAAGCUCCUAUCGGAGGAGCUGGAGGCUGUGAAAAUGGAAUUGGCUAGGUAUAAAUUAACAGAAAAGGCAGAGUCCAAUCAGGAGCAGCGCCUUUUUAAGAAGCUCAAAGAAGAAGAAGCGAAGUCAAGUCAUCUUUCCAGAGAAGUAGAUGCACUGAAAGAGAAAAUUCAUGAAUACAUGGCAACAGAAGAGCUAAUCUGUCACCUCCGAGGUGACCAUACACUCUUACAGAAGAAACUCCUCCAGCAAGAAAACAAAAACAGGGACUUAGCAAGAGAAAUGGAAAGCCUCAUGAAAGACUUGGAGAGGUACAGAGGCUUCAGCAAGAACUUCAGGCCUGGCCUCAACGGAAGGAGAAUUUCUGACACGCAAGUUUUCUCUAAAGAAGUCCAGACAGAUCCAGCAGACAAUGAACCACCUGAUUACAAAACCCUCAUGCCUUUAGAGCGAACGGUCAUAAAUGGGCAGCUCUACGAAGACAGUGAUAAUGAGGACAAAGACAACAAUGAGGAGGAACAAACAGUGUCUUUCAAAAGCAACUCAUCCAUUGCAAAUGCUGUAAACAAAAAGUUAUGGAUCCCUUGGAUGAAAUCCAAAGAGAGCCAUCCCCAAAAUGGAAAGAUACAUACAAAGCAAAAUGGAAACUGUGCACAGACUGGAGAUCUAGUGCUAAGCCAUACACCUGGCCAACCUCUUCACAUAAAAGUAACUCCAGACCAUGGACAGAACACAGCAACCCUUGAAAUCACUAGUCCUACCACUGAAAGCUCUCACUCCUACACAAGCACGGCAGUUAUACCCAACUGUGGCACUCCAAAGCAAAGAAUAACCAUUAUUCAAAACGCCUCCUUAACACCUGUAAAAUCAAAAGCAGGAGAAGGUUACAUGAGCCCAGAGCAAGUAAUUUCUCCUAUUACUAUGACUACUUUUGCAAGAUCUCAAACUCCUGAAUCGUGUGGUUCCUUAACUCCUGAAAGAACAAUGUCCCCUUUGGCUUUACCUGGCUCAAGUUCUCAGGAACAAAUACUCUCCUCAGAGCCUUUGGAAAUGGGAGCCAAGCAUGCUGUUUUUAGAGUAUCCCCAGACAGGCAAUCAUCAUGGCAGUUUCAGAGAUCUAACAGUACAGGAUCAAGUGUAAUAACUACUGAGGAUAACAAAAUCCACAUUCAUUUAGGAAGUCCUUACGUCCAAGCUCUCACCAAUUCCAAGCCCAUCAGCCCUUGUAAUCCAGUGCAAGACAACAGAACUCCAGCACUAGCUAAUGGCCUACCCAGUAAGCCCACCAAUAAAAUCACCAGCAGUAUCACUAUCACACCAACAGCCACUCCUCUCCCACGGCAAUCACAAAUUACAGUAAGUAAUGUCUAUAACUGAUCCCCAACCAUGCUGACACCCUUACCAGCAACCCAUCCUGUUUUUCAUCCCAGCAAGAAUUAUUUGGAACAGCCUCUUUACUUUGGGAAAGAUCUGUGCAUGAACUAUACAACAGUAUACGGAACUAACGUUAAGUUUUGCCUGCUUUGUGUUAUCAAGUGUGCACUUACUGUAUAUCUCCUCAUUGAAAUACAGUUAUGUAAAAUAUUUAGUCUUGCACCUGUAUAAAUGCAUCUUUAUGUAUUUCCAUUUUCAAAAUAACUCACAUUACUUUUGACUGCGACUUGCCUUGGUAAAAUAUUUUAACAUUACAAAAAACAGUAAAUAAUUGAUUAUUUU